AUGGAGUGCAGGCAGUUUGAGGUCACUCUAAUUUCUGCCGUUAAUCUUCCAAAUGUUCGAGAACUUGGCCAGAUGAAAGUUUAUGCGAAGGUUCUAAUAAAAGGAUAUUCAAACUCAGAGUGGAUUACUUCUGUGGAUAGGGAAAGAGAGACAAACCCUUAUUGGAAUUGCAGGAUUAAGUACACACUCCCUGAGAAAGCUGUUGAGAAGGACGGUGUUCUGCUUGUUAUCAAAUUGUACUGUGAAAGAUCAUUGUUGCCUGAUAAAUAUGUAGGGGAAGUGAACUUGUCACUGAAGAAACUUUUUGACUAUGGAUUUCCACAGGAAAACUUGGAAUAUUAUGUGAACAGGAAUGAUGUUGAUGGUAAAUUUGGGAAACUGAAACUCUCGUAUGAUUUUGGGAAGACGACGGUUACAAUUUCUGAGAAAGAACCUAGUUUUGGGGAGGCUGUGGUAGAAGGAGCAAUGAAUGGAGUUUUACAUGCAGCUAUACACGAAGUGCUAUCAGAAAUUUUGUUUUGA